AAAAAUAAAAAUAAAAUCAAGACGGUCCCACUGUCAAGACCACGCCCUAACGUGUUGCCAGGAUGACACCGAUUCCGCUCCAAUUAUAAGAUAUCAUCAUCUUCUCCCUCUCUUGGUGUAGCUUGCUUUCAGUACGCUUUCUCUGAUUCAAGCAGUCUCUCUCAACUUGAAAAUGUAUUCUCAUCUUUCUCAUCUUUUCCAUCUCUUGCUUCUGUUUCUCCCUCUUUCUGCCCUUUCUCAAGCUGACCAUAACAUAUACUUAGAGUCUUCUCUUUCCACCCAAGACGAAAACCUGUCAUGGCGUUCUCCUUCCGGCGAUUUCGCCUUCGGAUUCCGUCUCCUCCCAGAAAGAAAUCUCUUCUUGCUAGCAAUCUGGUUCGACAAAAUACCUGAAAAAACGAUAGUUUGGUGGGCAAAAAGUGAAAAUCUGCUGGUGCAGAAAGGAUCAAGAGUCGAGCUAACUAACGUUGGCCUCAUUCUCAACGAUCACCAAGGCCAAGUGGUGUGGCAAGCCGAUUCCAGCAAUGGUGAGGCAGUCGCAUCAGCCUCCAUGCGUGACAAUGGAAACUUUGUGCUCAUGAGCAUAGAUUCUACUAUUACAUGGGAGAGCUUCGACUAUCCAACCGACACCAUCUUGCCUACCCAGGUAUUGAGACUAGACACCGAACUUCGGUCCCGUCUAACAGAGACCGACUACUCAAAGGGACAGUUCUCACUCCGUGUACAAAGUGAUGGGAAUUUGGUUCUUUAUCCCGUUGUUCUCCCCUGGAAAGAUUUUGUUUACAAUGCUUAUUGGGCUAGCAUGACUGUGGGGAACGGUACCGAGCUGGUUUUCAAUUCAUCUGGCCGCAUUCACCUCACGCUAAGGGAUGGAGGCUCUUAUGAUCUUGCAGCGGCGAACGGAGCUCCAACAACGGAAUUCUAUCAGAGAGCGGUAUUCGAUUUCGAUGGGGUUUUCAGGCAAUACGUCCGACCAAAGACCCAAAUUAGUGAUGGGAGAUGGUCCAUGUCAUGGUCCGUUGUGUGGUUUCUGCCAGAGGACAUGUGUUCUGUUGAUUUCGGUAGGUGGGGUCCCGGCGUUUGUGGAUUUAACAGCUACUGCAAGAUGGAUGAGAAUCAAAGGCCGAGUUGUCAUUGCCUGCCCGGGUAUUCCUUCCUGGAUCCAAACGACAAAUACAAAGGGUGCGAUCACGACUUCCAACCACAGAGUUGCAGUCAGAACGGAUCCAAAAAAGAACCUCAGUUCGAGAUGACUGAGUUGCUUAACAUGAAUUGGAUGGGAUCGGACUAUGAAAGAUAUAAUUAUGUGAAUGAAGAUGGGUGUCGGAAAUUUUGCUUGCAUGAUUGUUUAUGCAUGGCGGCUAGUUUCUCUAAUGGAAAUUGUUAUAAGAAGAAGUUUCCGCUCUCCAAUGGGAAGAUGGAUCCGAGUGCUGGAAAUAAGUUUCUCAUCAAAGUAUCAAAAAAUAAAUCCGCUUUUCCAACUCCAGGCGUAGCUAGAAGGAAGAAAGAUCGAUCCACUUUGAUCCUCGCCGGAUCAGUACUUUUGGGUGGCUCAGUAUUUCUCAAUCUCAUCUUCUUUUUAGUGAUUUUAUUGAUUGCUUUCAUCUCACAUCGCAGAAAACUACCAGAAGUUAAGCCAAAUUCGAGCAUGUUGGGAAAGAAUCUGCGUUGCUUUACUUACAAAGAGCUUGAAGAAGUGACCGGUGGAUUCAAGGAAGAAUUGGGUAGCGGUGCUUUUGGAACUGUUUAUAGAGGUUCCCUAGCGCUCGGCGAUUCUGCAGAUUCUGCAACUUCCGUGGCAAUCAAGAAGCUAGAGAAGGUGGUCGAAGAUGGCGAGAAGGAAUUUACAACGGAAGUGAUCGCAAUUGGACAGACCCAUCACAAGAAUCUAGUUCAACUGAUUGGAUUCUGCGAUGAGGGGCCACACCGACUUCUGGUCUACGAGUUCAUGAGCAAUGGAACUUUAUCAAGCUUCCUAUUCGGAAGGUCGAAGCCCAAAUGGUACCAACGGUUGCAGAUUGUAUUCGGAAUUGCAAGAGGGCUCGCUUACUUACAUGAAGAGUGCAGCACUCAAAUCAUACACUGCGAUAUAAAGCCUCAGAACAUACUUCUGGACGACUGUUUCACGCCCAGGAUAUCUGACUUUGGAUUGGCGAAGCUUUUGAAGACGGAUCAGACCCGAACCAACACGGACAUCAGAGGGACCAGAGGGUACAUGGCGCCUGAAUGGUUCAAGAACAUGCCGAUCACAGCAAAGGUCGACGUCUACAGCUUCGGCAUCGUGUUGUUGGAGAUCAUUUGCUGCAGGAAGAACGUUGAAUCAAAGGCGGGGAACGAAGAGGAAGUGAUACUGUCUGAUUGGGCUUACGAUUGCUACAGAGAAGGGAGACUGAAUCUGUUAGUGGAGAACGACCAAGAUGUGGUGAUCGACGGACGACAGAAGCUGGAGAGAUUGGUGAAGGUGGCGAUUUGGUGUAUUCAAGAAGAGCCAGCUCUAAGGCCUUCCAUGAAGAAGGUGACACAGAUGCUAGAAGGAGUGGUCGACGUUUCUGCUCCUCCCGAUCCGUCUUCCUUUGUUAGCUCAUUAGGUUGAAUCCGAUCUACAGCCGCUCAUCAUCACUGUUUCAUGUUUGUAAUUUUCGCUUCGGUAACUAUUUAUAAAGUGUGAUCCUACACUUGGAAUACCUUGAUAAUUUGACAGAUGGCUAUCCAUACAAUGUGUACUGGAGUGAAUAGACGGUCCAGAUUG